AUGCGUGCAGCUAACGAUGAAGCCAGGAAACAAGAUCUGCGAAGUAAGUAAAUCUUUAUGGUUAUUGUUUUAUGUUUAGGAGCGGGUCAUUCACCUUCAAUCUUGGAGCCAGUUCAACCACCUUCGUUUGCUCCGCCAUCUUCUGAUGCACCGACUGCAGCUCCAUCAAAUUCGAAACCAAUGGUUGGCAGGGAAGAUCCCCGAUCUUAUUCGGUUAAUUACCGGGAUUGUUUCAAUCAACAACAAACGAUAAAUUCACAAAAUGUUAACCAAGGGCAAGGUUAUAAUGGUUUUUGGGGCACGAAUGAUCAAAGUCCGGGAAUGGGUCUUGGAUCUUCUGGAUAUUCUAGCUACAUUCCCCCUGGGAACAAUGUUUUACCUUCUGGCUUUGUUCAAAGCUCCAAUAAUAUGGCUUAUGAAUACAAGCAAUCAGAUGAUUUUGCUUAUAGUGGACGAGAUGGAGGUUUUAAUGACAUGCCAGGGCCUUCACGGUUGAAUACGAUUGAUGAACGAAAUAAUACAAAGCCGUACGAUAACAGAGGUGUUGAUAGGUAAGAUUUUAAUUAUUAUUUUGUUGUUUUAUUUUUUUAAAUAUUGUUUGAAAGUUUUAUUUUAAGUUUUUAUGUUAUAGACGAAGAGACAAUCGUUACAACAACAGCAGGGGUAAUCGGAGAGAGGACGGUAGAAGUUACAGAAGAGACAAACGUUCACCUCCUCGUUAUAACGGCAGAUAUGAACCGGUAGGUUUUAAAACUUACAAUUAUGCUUUAUCUUUCUAGGACAAAAAGCACGAAGAUUUCAAAGCCCAGAUGGAGGCAUGGGAACGAUCAAAAGAAGAUAAAGAAAAGCAAAGGCAAGAAGAGGAAGAAAAGAAACGAAAAGAGAAAGAAAUAGAAGAAAGUGAGCAUUCUUUGUUAGUUCUUGGCAAUGAAGACUUCUACGAUAAUGAUUCGAGUGAUGAAGAGUACAUGGAGGUGGUUGAGGACACUCGGAAACGACAUCAAGAUAGUAUGAAUGGUGGUGAUAAGGUAUCUUAACACACUUUUUAUUUUUAUAUAAUUGAGGAUAAUAUUUGGGCUUUGGGCGUUAUCUAAAAUAUUAUGAAAUGAUAUUUAAAGUUUAUUUUUAUUUAGAAACUGAAAGUAGACAAAGUCUCAUCAUCAGAUGAUGAAGAAGGAGAAGUCAACUCGAAUUCUGAUUCAGAUACUAAACCCAAGUUGAGAUACGUUGAGAAACAGGUAUGUUAUAGACUUGUCUACUCACUUGCUUUAGAAUAUUUAUGGUCUUGUAUUCUAUUAGGUUAUUCAAAUAAUCCUGUGCUUCCUUUUGAAAGAAAUCUUUGAAAUUAGGGGGCACAGAAUUAUUUGAACAAAUUAAUAAAUGAAAUUAUAUGUUUUUGAUUGAAAAUUAAAAUUCAAAUGUUAAAAAUAUAAAUUGUAAACUAAUCUAAUUCCAGAUGUAUUCUCUUAAAAUUCGUCAAAUUCCGGAAAGAUUCAGUCGAAACGAUUUUGUCAUUGAUGAGAAUUCACAACAGUAUGAAGAAGGCGUUGUGUAUGGAAUGAAGAAGCUGAUGAAAAAGCAACAAGACAGUGUGGCAAUGUUGAGUUUAAUGGGACGAGAGUGGGAUCAGGUUGUUCAAAAGGAGCCUUCCUUGGAGUUGUGUCGAUUCGCUGCGGAUGAAGAUGGAGCUACUGUAGGUUUGGAGAUAAAAUCUUUUUUAUUUUUGAAAAUGAUAACGAUUUACUAAGUUUAGUUUGUGGUCCGGGGGCUUGGUCUACGAGAUGAACUGGUUGAGAAAUCUUAGGCUUGGGACACAAGUUUGGCUAGGCCGAUUUACAUUGAUCAGUACAUUAUGUAUGAACGAUUUUUACUUUCAGAAAGACGAACGAAUCAAUUAUCUUACCGAUAUUGUUCUAACAAAGUUAAAUACUUCUCUUACUAACAACGAUAUGAAGGCAGAACAUUGGUUGAAGCUCUUGACUACAAAGGUAAUCAAUUUAUUUGAAUUACUGCUUGUUUUAAAAUAUUUUUUAAAUAUUAAGGUUGUUCAAAUAAUUAAGUUUUGAAUUUUGAUGUUUAAAAGACAAUGGAGAUUUUUAAUUAUUGCGAUUCGUUAUACCGGGAGUUGACUGUAGUUUAAAAUUUUCGAUUUCAGGACGAAAUCUACAUUUUAAAAUCAUCAGAUCGGUUAAAUGUACCAGAAAAUGAAGUCGAAGAAUUUCUAAAAGAACAGCUGAAAAUUACCAGAGGCUUGUUGUACAGUUUGCCCAAGAAAGACCUUGAAAACGUACUAAUCUUUCAUCUGGAGUACAGUUUAAGACUGAAACAAGAAGGAUAUUUGGAGGAAUUUGAUCUCAUUUUUGAAAAGUUUAUCAAAAGUGGAGCUUUCGUCUUUUCAAUUAAACUUUGGAAGUCGAUUCUCAAGUUUUUCAACGUUAUUGGGACUAAAACGGUAAGGAAUGGCUAUGUUAAGCAUGGUUUUGAUCGAUUGUUAUUUUUUGUCGAUAUAACUACAUUAAAAGUUGUUUUGUAUUGAACUGACAAGAGCAAUGUCAAUUUUUAGAUGUUAUAUUAAGUUAAACAUAGAAAUUUUCAAGAUUAAAGUAGAAAAAUUAUAAACUAAUAGUCUCAUUGUAGAUGCACUACAUUGACGAAGCCAUAAGAACAAUAACAGCGUUCAGAUACCUGAAAACCAUAACUCAAACAUUGUCAAUCGAUCAAAUCAACAGUCUAAUGAUUGAUUUAAUUGUAUACAAAGCUAAAUUGCAUGUAGAGCGAGGUGAAAGCUAUAUUGUUGUAGCCAUGCUACAAGCCUUUACCGAAUUCAACUACUUUUUCCCAGAUGAAAUGACCAAAAAGGCAUUCGAAUGGAAGUUGGGCAGUUUUUCAAAGUUUUGGAAUUUAAAAUUGGAACGGAUUGGAGAGAAAAAUGCUUUGAGUAAGUUAUUUUGGGCUUCAGGGAUAGGUAAUAGAUUUUAAAAUGACGGUUAACUACUGGUUGUGUGUAUGACUACCAUGAUAUUACAUAAAGUAUAGAGGAUAGAAAAUAAAACAAUAUCUCCAGCUUGGAAAGUAGCGACCGAAAAGAACGAACUACCUUUCCUAAACGAACAAAUUCGAAACGAAGCCGGCUGGCUAAGACGGCAGAUGAUCAACACUCAGGCGAAUGUGAAUGAAAUUGCUGGCAAAGUUGACAUGGAGAAGUAUGUGGAGAUGGAGAACAUCAGAAUGCAACACUUUUGGCAGCCACUGAAGUUUGACCAUGAUCUGGGGGAAGUUAUGGUAUGUUUUAUGUUGUUUUUGUUUAUGUUUUAACUUUUUUGACAAAGUUAGUACUCACCUUGUUUUAGGCCCAAGCACCAUCUACAGACAUUGGUUUUGAUCUAGUUGAUGAAGUUGUGGAACAAGACAUUAAUUCAGCGGAGACUAAAGUAACAUCGAGUGGAUUCUUGAAGAGGGUUGUUGAUGUUACUCAAAUUGAAAGUAUUUUAAACACCUUGAGGAUGCAUGAUUCGAGAGCUACUGAUAAAGAGAAGCAAGAGGCGUUGCAAUUGAAGAAAACUGUAAUUUUAAAGUUGUUGGCGACAUUGAAGGUUCCAGUUGAACAGUUGGUAAGGGUUUUGUUGAAAAUGGUUGAAUUUCUAAAUUUUAAAAUAAUUUUAAAAAAUGAUUAUAGUUUUUUUUAAAUUUAAAAUUUUUUUUUCAAUUUUUAUAAAUUUUUAGGAUUUUAAAAUACUUUUAGUUAUAUAAAACAACAUCUUUUAUUUCAGGACGUCUACAGCGUUGAAGACUUGAUGAAAACCCAUCUAAACACAAUAGUAAUUCGCUCAGACCACAAAGUGGGCUUUCUCAGAUUCCUCGUCAGAUACAUGGCUACAUUAUCGAAGAUCAAGAACUCUGGAUUCUACGAAGAACUUAUAGCUACUGUAGCUAAUACUAUAGAACAAUGUUUUAUAAACAAACAUCAAGACUACAUAGCUGAACAUUGGCCAGCCUUCAGCAAAUGGACGUUUGACCAAUUCUUCGCCUCAGAAGACAGAUCGCCCGAGAAUCUGUUUUUGAGAGGAAAGCUACUCCAAGUAGAAGCCAACAUUAAAAGAUACAGUAAGGGAGCGCAGUUCGUGGCGGGCAAUCUAUUGCAAGGUGACAAGGAUUUGUUGAAACAAAUGAUUGAUUUACUUGUUGACUGUGGUAAUCCAUUGUAUGUGGCUGGUAAGAAGAAGAUUGUAACAUUGUGGAUGGCGGCUAUGGUGUGCGACUAUUUGGAGGGGAAUAGGAAGGAGGAUGGGUUGAAGAAAGCUGAUAAACCAGUGUUAAACAAAGCCAGAUUGUUGUGGAUGUACACUACACAACAACAUACUUUGACAAAGUUCUUUGAUGAGGUAAGUUGAUCACUUGGUUAAGGUAUCCUCGGUUUUUAGGAACGAAAGUUAUAGGCAUUUUUGUCUUUUACAGCUUUGAUUAUGUACAACAUUGUUUUAGGUAUUUUUUGCCGUUUUAUAUUGAUUUAGGUAUAAUUUUUGUCAUUUUAUAUGAUUUUUUUCUAUAAUUUUUCAUCUUUUUUUUUUGAUGACAUGUCUUUUCAGAACAUUCAAAUGUUCGUGAAUGAUGAAAAGCUAACAGAAAAAUGGUACCAAGACUUAUUCGAAGCAGCCUCUGAUGAUGAAACUUCAUGGGGUGUUUCAUUGGGAAACGCUAAAGAUUUGUCUUUAAAGCUGUGGGAUAUGAUAGUAUGGGAAGUAAGAGGGAAAUCACUCUACGAAACGGCUCACAAGAACCGCAGUAACACUAGUAGUAAUAUCGGUAAGAGAUUUUUGAAAAAUUUUAUUAGGGUUGUUCAAUUAAUUCUGAGCCUUCUCUCAAAGCAACUCUUCGGGGUUAGGGGCUGAGAAUUACUUGAAUAAUUAAUAAUUUCAAGUUUUAGCAGAAGAAGACCAGCCCAUAGCCAAAGUAGGAAGUAUCACCACAAGAAAAGGAAAACUGUUCAGAUUGGAACGAAUCGACCAAUUGUUUUGUCAUGAUCUGCUUCAGCGAAGAGACCGUUACUACGAAUGGACAACGGAAGCCUUAAGGUUUUAUCCAUUUGAUUCUUUGAUUUGGCCACAUGCUAUCAGGCUAGAGUCUGUCAAUCCAAAACUUGAAGCUCUAUUGCCGGAGGAUCGAGGUGGCAUGAAAGGUAUGUUGUUUUAGGUUUGGAACGGGUUGUUUAGAAUAGUUCUUGAUUAAAAUAUAAGGUUUUGAUAACAACUUCUAUAAUAUUACGUUGUUCACAUAAUUCUGUGUCGUUCUUAAUGUUAGAGCUACUUUUUGGUGUUGAGGGGCACAAAAUUAUUUGAACAACCUAAUACUAUGAAAAUUAUAAAAGUUUAAGUUUUCAAAAAGUUAUGACUGUGAUAUUACCAAUGCUAACAGUCGUAACUAUGAUAUUAUCAACCAUAACUAUCACAAAACAUACAAUAAUACAUUUCAUUUUAGAAGACGUUGUUCGAGUUCUUCACCAAGCCAUCAAAGUGGUUCGAUGCUAUCAAGAUGUGGAUAAUGUAACUCUGAAAGCACAUACAGCCCAAACCAGCACUCAAUGUUACGUUCGAAGUCUGUUCGAGGGUUUGAUAAAGCUUCAAAUUAAUCUUCCAUUCGCUGAAACGUUCUCUACCAGACUGGCGAUGUUAAUGGAAAUGGACGUGGCUAAACGAGUGACUGGGGACUUUGAGGUGGGUCUAUGGUUGUGGUUAAUAUUUUUAUGGAAUGGGAUAAGGUUUUUGUGGGCUAGCAUAAUAUUUUUAUGGCUAAGAUAAUUGUUUUGUAGCUAGGAUAACAUUUUUAUGGAUUAGUUUUCUAUUCCCAUAGGCUAGUGUAAUAUCCUGAUGGCGUUGUAUUUAUAAAAAACAUGCUUUUUAAAUACAAAGAAUACCUAUAUUAAUAAAAAAAUAUAAAAAACACGUUUUAUUUUGUAGUAGAAUAUAUAAAAGUACACAAACUUUUCUCUCACUAGUAUAAUAUUUGUGAAAACACGGCAAGGCGUUAUGAUGAAUAAUAUAAUUUCAGACGGCCCAACUCUUUUUCAAGAAGUUCUAUAGACAACAAACAUACUCCAAGAUAUUGAAAAUGGCCGGACUCGAACUCAUGACAUUAAACGAGUUCCGCAAUUGUGAUUCAGAUCAAUUCAAGUGGUUCACCAAUGUGGACGAGGUUGAUUUGAAUAAGGAUAGGCAGUAA